AUGUCCAGUUCAAACACUUCCCAAACGGUCGAUGAGCCAUCUACGGCCAGAACCUCACCCACAAACAACACCUUAGACGAGGGCAUUAUUUCGCAACUGGAAUCCUUUUCCAUCACGCCGGAGUUGCGCGCAGAGCUCGCCCUCAGAAAGCAGGCACCACCACGCUCGAUCAGACAAACACAGAGCGAGUCAGCCAUUGCAGUCGACAUGUCCGAAACACACAUCUGCGAUGAGAAAUAUUCGACAAAGGCUAAGUGUCACGUUCAGCAUAAGAAUCCACGGGCUCAGCACUGCGCCGAAGGGACGUCGACGAGCAUCGAAACUCCCAACGCAGAUGGCUUCAUUUUUCCCAGGCAGUGUCCGACUUUGGGAGAAGAGACGCCUGCGCCGCAGAUGCCCUCAGGGCUAUACUGCUCUUUCUGCAGAACCAUGCAUCCUACAUCUCAGUUCGCGGAGGCCGAGCAACAGAAAGCGCACGGCGAGAGGAUGUGCAUCAACAUUACCGGCACAUUGAGGCUCUGUCCUCACCUGACGAUGUCGAUGAUGGAUAUCUGGCAGUACUUCGAGAGUUGUUGCGAAGACGACGCCAACAGCGACUGCGAGUGCGAUCUAACUAUCACUGAGGCGUGUCAUUUCUGUUUUCCCGGCUUGUCGGAGCUCGACAAGACCGAAAAGAAGACGAGAAAGCCCACCUAUACCUUUCAUCUUUGCGAGAAAGAAGGGUUUGACGACAUUGGAAAGUUCGACAUCGAGUGGACCUUGCCUGUCGCGGCGAUGCAUCAGGGUGACGAGAAUGGGGUCACCGUGGCUACCAUGAGAGAGAAGCUGCAAGAAUUCGACAGGACGCGUGAGCACAUGAUUUGCUCACAUUUCGAGUGGGAGGACAUCUUGAGAGCACUGAUGUUUGCCAGUCAAGAUGUCAAUGGUAAGGCGUAUCCCGCAGGAGAGUGUGAAGGUUGUCCUACAGAGUACUUUGCUGAGAAGCACGACAAUAUUAUCUUCUUGCGCAGAGAGACGUGGGGUGUUCUGAGGAGAGAGGACGAAGAGACGCCGGUGCUUGAUGGUUGCAGUGGUCUGGUUGACCAACUUGAGCUUUGUGAUUGCAGAGCCUGCUGGAGGCCAUCAGAUGAAGUUUGA